ACUUCUCGUCGCUCCUCUAAUCUGCAAACGGAGCUUGUUGCUGAGUUCUGCUCGGCGAGCUAAGCAGAAAACAAGGUCAUGUCAGUGCCACGGUUGAGCGGCAAGGUCCAGACCGUCCUGGGUCUGGUGGACCCGGACCUCCUGGGCCGAACCAUGACCCACGAGCACCUGACCAUGACCUUCGACUGCUGCUACUUCCCGCCCCCCGCGGGCGACGAGGCGAUCGCAGAGAACCCGUUCCAGAUGCGGCACAUGCACUGGCUGAGGCAGAACCCGUACGGCUGCCGCGAGAACCUGCUGCUGCAGCAGGAGAACGCCGCCGUGCAGGACGAGCUGCUGGCCUACCGGGAGGCCGGCGGGGGCGCCGUGGUGGAGAACACCACCGCGGGCAUCGACCGGGACCUGCCCACCCUCAAGCGGCUGGCCGAGAACACCGGGGUCCACAUCGUCGCCGGGGCCGGCUACUACGUGGACUGCACCCACAGUGAGGCCACCAGGGGAGCGAGCGUGGAGAAGCUCACAGACAUCAUCGUCGGCGAGGUGCUCCGCGGCGCCGACGGCACGGACAUCCGCUGCGGCGUGAUCGGGGAGAUCGGCACCGGCUGGCCCGUCACGGAGAGCGAGGCCAAGGUGCUGAGGGCCACGGCGCAGGCUCAGGCCCAGCUGGGCUGCCCCGUCAUCAUCCACCCGGGGAGGGACCCCGCGGCUCCGGCCGAAGUCGUCCGGAUUCUCCAGGAGGCCGGCGGCGACAUCGGCAAAACUGUCAUGUCGCACCUGGACAGGACCAUAUUUGAUGAGGGUGAACUGCUUGAGUUUGCGACGCUGGGCAGUUACCUGGAGUACGACCUGUUUGGAACGGAGAUGCUGAACUACCCGUACGACCUGACGCUGGACAUGCCGAGUGACAGCCAGAGGGUGAAGACCUUGGCGUUCCUCGCGAAGGAGGGCUACGGCGACAAGAUACUGGUGGCGCACGACAUCCACACCAAGAACCGCCUCACCAAGUACGGCGGCCACGGCUACUCUCACAUCCUGAGGAGCAUCGUGCCCAAGAUGCUGAUGAGGGGCUUCUCGCAGCAGCAGGUGGAUCAGAUCCUCAUCGACAACCCCAAACGCUGGCUGACCUUCAAAUGAAAAAAAAAGAAAGCGCUUGUUUUUAUCCGCCGGGCGUCGCCUGAACACCACUCGAUGAAUGCUUAACGCUCUUUUGCGAUAAUCGCGACUUUAGCUCAUUCAUAAAUGUGAAACCCUCAAAGCAAUCAGCCGCUGUGCAUGAAUGUGUCUUUUAGCGUCAAUGUUUUUAAAUUUUCGUAACUUUUGUCUUUUACAAUGAAGAAUAAUUGCAGGCUGAAGGAGUUUUUACAGAGGAAGUUAAUUAACAUAUUUGUGAUUAUGUCACUUUGAAAGGAGAUCACAGCGCCUCUCAUUAGCAUUCAUGUUUUGGUCCCAUUUACGUCACAUAAAAAAUUGCUUUUUUUCAUGAAUGCGAACGCAAUCUAAAACCCACAUUUUUUAUUUUCUCUCGUCGUGCUCAUAGGGUGCUAAUUGUUUAUGUCUUUGUGUGGUGUCUGCAAACAGGUUUUAUGGGAUGGAGAUAAAUGAGCGCGUUAAUAAUCAGUACGCCGCUCUCGACGCAACGCGGACCGUGUUAGACGAGUUGUCCGGGUGCCCCUCAGUGGGGGUCCGGGUGCCUCUGGGAGGCGUGUGUGUGUGUGUGUGUGUGUGUGUGUGUGUGUGUGUGUGUGUGUGAGAAAACAGAAUAUAUAACUCCGUUCAAUCUCCCGGGCGGAUUGGAAAGCGAGCCAAAGAAUUUAAUUUUCCCAUAUGAUAUUUUACACACAAAACGGACAGUCUUAGCGCAUCGCCGAGCAAACAUUCACCGUCAGUGUGACUGUCCAAAGUUUUUUUUUGUGAUGGUGACUCAGCACCCCCCCCCCCCCCCCCCCCCCCACCCCCAGUGGUCCCCCAUCCAGCUUGCCACAUUGAGACGAUAACAUGACAUCAUCAGAAUGAACCCUUUUACAGAAAUGUCAUUUCUUUUCAAUAUAAUCAUGCAUCACUACGGCUUUGAACAUCUUCAACAAAUAAAGCACACGUGGAAUAACUA